AUGGAUACUGAGGUUUCUCAAGAACACCAUGGUCGUACCAGUCAAUGUACCAAGUCGACUCGAAAUCUUAUUAGGGAUAAAAUAAUUAAUCAAUCAAAAGAGUGGUCACCGUAUGUGUUAGAAUCACAGCAAACUUGUAGCUUGUCGGAUAAUUUAUCGAUAUUACAGGGAAGAGAAACUGUGUUCAAUGAUCCAAGAAGAAAGGAAAAACUACGAGGUCUUCAAGCCAUUCUACAGGAAAUGCUACUAGAAGAACCUUUUGAUGUGAAUAAUCAGAAAAAAGUUGGCUUCAUGGCAUUUGACGAUGCAUUUGCUCUUUAUAUGGGAUUUCAGUCCACUCAAGACUUUUCUCAUCAAGCAAAGUAUAAUUUUCAGUGCGCUAUACUACAUCCAAAUACUGGAUUAUGUGUCAAUAUUUUAGUUAUUCCAGGCUCACGUGAAAAGGUUAUUAUAUUGUGUCCAGAUCGCUCCCUAGAUUUUACUUUCCUGUAUGAUUUUCUGGUAAAACAUUUCUAUAGUGAUAGAAAAGAGGAAUUUACCAAAGAGGAAAUUGAUAUUGUUUUGGACAGUGUGACAUCAGAAUGGGACAAGCAAGUAGUAAAGUAUAUACUAUGUCGAACAAGAACAGCUGAAGAAAUGAAGCUACUAGGCGUCAAACAAGAGACAACGGAAAAAAUCAGAGACCGUGUUCCACUCGUUUUGGAGGAAGUAAGACAUUCAAGUGCCGUCGUUAAUAACGAGGUCAGUGAAAAUAUAAGCAAUAAGAUCGAGAAACUGGAGUCCAAAAUACAGGCGAAAAAGAAACUCUUGUUAAGAAAGUCAAAAAGCUGGACAAAAGUGCGACAAGAUGAGCUACAGGAUGAAAUCGAAGCGUGUGAAGAUCGUGUGAAGGAGCUACAGGACUUGCAGGUUGGAAAGAGCAAAUCUCAUAGACAACGUCUGCAGCAGAUGCGAAGGAGACGUGCAAAACGACAUCUUUUAAUGAACAGAGUAGGUAAAAGGAAAUUAGGAGGCCAGGGUCGCAAACCUUUGAUCGAUAGUGACACAGAGGAACAAAUUGCUAAAGCAAUUGAAGAUAAAGCGACGUACCAUGGAAGACGACACAACACCACAAUGUAUACCAAUCGUCGCGUCAAAGUAGCUGACCUUCCUUUAAUUGCUAAUCAUUUUUUGUCUCAGAAGGGCAAACGUCUUGUUCGAUCAAAAACAACGGUGUGGAAUCGUUCUGAGCCUAGGCGCAAAAACUCGCGUCAAGCGAAAUUGCAUUUGGGCAAGGGAUACUUUUGCACUAGAAAACCCCCCAAAACAGAGUCUUCGGAAAAUGAAAGUACCCAUCAUCAGCGAGCGCACGUCAACAAUGUCAAAAUGUUUUUUUUCUCCAAUAAAAUGGCCAGAAACCGAAAGUACUGUUUUUGCCGCUCAAUCGAUGACAAGGCAUACAUUCGCCCUGGCACAGGUGAAGCCAUGAACAAUGCCAGAAACCAGCGUAUAUUAACCCCCAGUGCAGAAGAACGAGCCCGCAAGUUACCAUUGCAUGAUUGGCCAGAACAAAAAGUCAAUAUAACUCCCUCUGCACAUCGAAUUUUUACUAAAGUCGGUCAGGAUAUUGAUGGAAGUGAGAAAUUAAUAACUGAAGAGGAUGAACACUGCGUAAGUUUUACGUUGGUUCAAGCGGUACUGUGUGGGCGAAUGAAACGAUGAGACUCAGAUACCUAUAUCCCGAUAUUUUUGAAGUUAAGGAAGACGCCAACGGUGAAGAGAAAUAUCAUCCUUCAUUUCGUUCAAUCUGCGCACAACUUCAUGACGCCGCCUUUUUGUUUAUGGACAUGUCUGAACAAAAGGACAUAGAGCGUGCAAAGGCUGGUGAUCGAGAUAAUCCUCACACCCAAUACGAACGAAAGAGACUAACCAGAUUAAAAGCUAGAAUUCAGGAAGCCCUUGACGAUAAUUUUGAACAGAUUGACAAUGUUGGAAAGACUGUGUUUGCAGCCAGAGUUCAGCCACUGGUGCAAGACUUAACUUCAGCGUUAACCGAAGUGGAUCGAUAUAUUGAGGAUCCUAGAGAAAGCUGUUCUCUAUUAGAAAAAAUACAGUUUUGUGUAUAUUGUUGUAGAAAGCUACUGGAUUGUUUGGAAGAACUGGAACUUCCCCCAAUAAAGCCUCGAUGGUGUGAUCUCACAGAUGCGGGACCAGGAGUUGGAGUCAGCAAUUUAGAAGUUAGAUUUCGAGAUGCUGAAAUGGCCAGGAUAUGGAACUCAGAUUAUCGGAUAAGAGUUCAUCGUGCGCGCGAGGAUAGCGGGCAGGGAGAAGCUGAAAGAACCAACGCAGCAGUCGGUGAUGCAGUCAUAGACGGAGGCACUAUCAAGUGGGAUUACUUCCAAAGGUUUGACGACCUAAGUGACGAGGAAGUUCAAAAUAUGACGCUCUCGUCAUAUGAGCAAUAUGAAGAUAAUCGAAUGGAACGAAAUGCCUGGAGGGUUUCUCAAGACAUUGCCUCACGGAUAGAUGAUGCACCAGUUCUAUCUAGUUACAUAAAAUCUUUGGUAACUGAAAAGGAACAGGACUCCUUUUUCUUCAAUAAAGAUCAGUUACAGGAGUUUGGGAGAGCCUCAGAUGUCCAAAAACAGAAUGUGACUGGCUACCAUUAUUUCUCCAAAAUCUCAGGAUAUAUUGAUAGUCACUACGAAAAGGGAGAACUGUAUAUGGAAUUUUUGAAAGAUGGCUGCACGAGAGACGCAGGGAAACCUUGCACAACUUGUAGUUCAGGAUGGAUCGGUCCAGUGCUGGAAAGAAUUCCUCGGCCAUUCCCCGACGAAACAACUUUCAAGUACAAGUCUGUAUUUGAAUCCCCAGGAAGUUCGGCUGAGGAUGAACCAAGACCUCCCGAUGAUUUUUUGCCAAGGGUGCAAAUAAAGAGCUGGUUUGGUCAGGGAAACCUCGACUCAGAGGAAAAGAUUGCGGAAUUUUCAAAAUGGUUCAUCGUACCAUCAGAGCUGGUGAAGUCAUAUAUAGAUCACUUGAAACAUUUAAACUAUACCAAGCAACUCAGAAGUGUGGCAGCUGAACAGGAACGUCAAAGAAGAAAAGACAAAAAGUAUGAGGAGUACAACUGGGAAGAACUUCUUUUGACCGGCGGCCUUUAA